AUUUCACUGACACUGAAAGGCAGAAAAAUGAAUCAGAAUCAGAAUCAGAUUUAUUGGCCAAAGGUGUUGACACACACAGAGAACUUGAACAUAACAUUAUACUACACAGGACAGGACAAUACAGACUGUGGUUAAAAACAGGAGGAAGUAAAUGUCUGAAUCUUCAUCACCAACAGAAGGCAGAAGAAGGGGGAACAUGGAAGAACCAGAAUUAUUGUCUCAUGACUCCAGCAGUCUCCUGUCUAAAGAUCUGCUGCUGUGUCCGAUCUGUGUGGAUGUGCUCACUGAUCCAGUCACCACUCCAUGUGGACACAACUUCUGUAAGAGCUGCCUUACACAGUGCUGGGACAUGAGUCAACACUGUCGCUGUCCAUUAUGUAACAAGAAAUUCACCAAGAGACCUGAACUGAAGAUUAAUACAACACUGAGAGAGGUUGCAGAUUACUUCAAGAAGAAAAGUGGUUCUGACAAACCUGAGGUUCUUUGUGAUGCCUGCAGUGGAGAGAAGCUGAAGGCCCUAAAAUCCUGUCUGGAUUGUGGACUGAGUUUCUGUAAAAUUCAUUUAGAGCCACAUUAUCAUGUUCCAAAAGUUAAGAAACACAAACUAAUAAACCCUGUGGAGAACCUGGAGGCCUACAUAUGCCAGAAACAUGAGACAGUUCAGGACCGACUGAAGAAGAUAAGAGAGAUCCAACACUCAGUAGAGCAAAGCAAAAGAAGCACAGAGAAAGAGAAAGCAGACAUUGUUGAAGUCUUCACUGCUCUGAUUCGCUCCACUGAGAGAAGUCAGGCUGAGCUGCUGGAGAUGAUGGAGGAGAAGCAGAAAGCAGCAGAGAGGCAGGCUGAAGGACUCAUUAAAGAGCUGGAGCAGGAAAUCAGUGUGCUAAAGAGAAGAGACACUGAGCUGGAGCAGCUCUCACACACUGAGGAGCAUCUCCACGUCCUACAGAUUUACUCCUCCAUGUGCAGCCCUCCACACACCAAGAACUGGACUGAGAUCAGCAUUAACACUGAUGUGAGUGGGGACACUGUGAGGACAGCUCUGUCUCAGCUUCAGCACACUCUGAAUGAGAAACUCACUAAAUCACUCAAUGACAAGUUAAAGGAAACAGUUUCCACAGAACUGAAGAGGAUUCAGCAGUAUGCAGUGGAUGUGACCCUGGAUCCUGAUACAGCUCAUCCUGAUCUCAUCCUGUCUGCUGAUGGAAAACAAGUGACACAUGGAGACAAACAACAGAAACUCCCUGAUGCACCACAGAGGUUUAAUCCAUGUAUCAGUGUUCUGGGAAAUAAGAGUUUCUCCUCAGGGAGAAUUUAUUAUGAGGUGCAGGUCAGAGGGAAAACUGGCUGGUCAUUAGGAGUCAUGAGCGAGAACAUUAACAGGAAGGGGAAGAUUAUACUGUCUCCUCAGGAUGGAUUCUGGACUGUGGUACUGAGGAAUGAGAAUGAGUAUAAGGCUUGUGAACAUCCCUUUGUCCACCUCACACUGAGAGAGAAGGUGGAGGUUGUGGGGGUGUUUGUGGAUUAUGAGGAGGGUCUGGUCUCAUUUUAUGAUGUGAAGUCCAGAUCUCAUAUCUACUCUUUCACUGGUCAGACUUUCACUGAGGAACUCUAUCCAUACUUCAGUCCUUGUUUAAAUAAAGGAGGUAAAAAUGCAGCACCACUGAUCAUCUCUCCUGUAUUUAAAACUGAAUACAUUUAAACCUCACAAAUUUGAUCAUCAGAUGUUAAGAGUAAGUUAGUUAGUUUUUUAGUUAGAUUUUAGAAAUACAUCUAAUAUAUAUAUAUAUAUAUAUCCAUUUAAAAUGCUGUAGAUAUUAUUUUAAUACCUGUUUUUAAUUGUAAUCCUACAGUCUGUUUGUUAUGAUUGUGUGUCAUUAUGACUGUGGAACUUUGUCAUUACAAAUCAC